UUAACCAACAUUUUGUUGCGCCAUUACGAACAAAAGGGUUCAGGAGUCAACCUACCACAAAAGAUGCGGCCCAAUCCCACCGUGGGACUGCGCAAUCCCAGUGCCCGAGCCCACAGCAAAACCAAAGCUUACGCGCGGGCGCGUCUGGAAAUGCUGUCGCAGCAUCGGGCAACACGACCGGAAGCACUCUAUCUGCCCUCACGUGGGGUCGCUACGAAGUGGUCCAUUCCUACGUGAUGGUGGUCAACUACUCGCACCACAACAUCCUGAUUUUCCAGCAGAAUAACAACACCAAGAACGACUCCACCUUCGUGUACUACUAUUACCAACCAGCUCUUUUCUUGGACCUACCUAAACUCGGCGUUAUCAACAACCCCUUCACCCAGAAAUACGAGCUGCAUCUCUGGGUUCUGAUGUGGAAUCAGGCGUACGAAGAGCACAUCCGUCGGAAGAUCCGCGAACAAGCCCCUACCACGAACUUCGUUCUGAGCAUUCUCCCGAUUGAGAGUAUCCGUGUCAAACCGGGCGGACUAGCCAAGCAGUAUCAAUUUGUGGACCGCUGGAUAUCCUACACAUCGCAACCGCACUACGUCAUCUUCCGGAUAAUCUGCCCGAAUAACGAGACUUGCACGGAGACCGCGCAGAGGAUCCGCGAAGCACCGGGUGCGUUUAUUUGGGAUCUUCGGGUUCAGUACAGUCUGGAAGGGCAGAGCAGUGUGGGAAAAUCAAUCGCUGUACGAGCCGAGCAUGUCCAGCAGACGUCGCUCUAUGCCGCCAUCAAUCAGAAGCUUCCGCAGAAGAGUCCGGUGUACCUGACUGCGGCCGAUGCCAAUAAACUCUCCACGGAGAUCGCCAACAACAUUCAAGGCGUGGAGAUCGAAGAUGAGGACUACAUCGCCGAACAGAACGCGCCCACCUUGAUGGCGCUGAUCAACAAAGCCCUGCAGUUUGUCUCCAAUAACACCAAGAACUUCGACAAUGCCACGUGGAAUUCGGUGUUCUGGUCCGAUGACAACACGCGCCCCGAUAAGGUCACCCAGGAUGCCAACGAACUGUACUCCCAACUGGACUCCACUUCGAAGUCAAAAUUCAAGCAGGAAGUUGCCAGCUCCAGCACCGAGGGAUUCAACUUCAAAGUAGGCGCAACCUUUAGCGGAAAAGAUUCGUCGGGCAGUGGUUCCGUGGGUGCCAAUUCCGAAAACACCCAGUCAGCAUUAAGUGAAAAAGAAGUGGACAAACUGAACAAACUGCUGAAGGAAGCCAAGACCAAGAGCGAAUGGCAGGGAGAGAAGUUCGUCCCGAAACCAAUUGAGGUCAAACGCAUGAACACCGGGAAUAUCAAAGUCGGAACGCAACUAUCGACGACACAGUUACGGGUGAAAGUCUCGACGUCCAUAUUGACUGACUCGAUCAAGCUGGUGGAUAUCGAGCCGGGUGAAGUCAGCAACAUCUUUACGACAAAACCAGCCGGCAAGGAAGUUUUCCUGGUGAAAGCUCAGAACGAUUUCACCCGUUAUAACAAGACGGAGGCCGCCAGUGUGUGUAAAACCCUGAACGCUGUACUUGCUAGUGUCGAGCAGAUGCAUGACGCGUACGCUGCCGGCGGAGAAUGGUGCUUCACCGGGCAUACGAGUACGACAAAUGUAGCGGCGUAUCCGGGGACUGUCUGCCAUAAUUACUACAAGACUAUACGAAAUAACGCGACUGUUUACCUCUUGCGGACGGUCGUCUGUGAUGAGAUGGCGCAAUACAGAAAGACAUUCCUCUACAAGACCGUGGGAACACAAGGAUCGGUCAGUGUGGACGCGAUGCGCUUUGGGGCCAACUGCUGGGGCUUACGGCCGGCGCGGGGAGAAAAACUAAAAUAUAAAAGCGAUGCACUAACAGUAAUGCCGUUCAAUAAGACACAUUAUAGCCAAUUUUAUGAUUAGAAACGUUUUAUUUGUGACUCCAUGUACAGUGUAGUAAUUAGCCUUUGUUGAUCGAAGCCAAAGCAAACUGUGAUAAAUAAUAAAAUAUGGAAAUGCCAUUCGGA